CCCAACAGUGAUCCUAAACAUUAUCUAUUAAUUGAUCCUCAAUUCCUUUCUUGCAUCCUUAAUUUCCGUUAUGGCAAUGGUGCCCCGGAAGAUGCAAUCGAGGCCUAGCCGCCAUAUUUUUUCAGCAUCAGAUGACACUACAAUGACCAAAAAUAUUCGUGCCACUCAUGCUCCCGUUGAUGGACACAUUGGCGUUAGACCUCUUCUUCAUGUUGUUCAAGACAUUUUUCACCGUGCUGCCUCUCUCAUCCCUGGCAUUGUUCAGGGAAAACAAGUGCAGAUGGAUGCCAUGAAGGACAGUGCAUACCAAUCUGAUUUAGCUAACGUGAUAGAUAUUUCGUACCACACAAUCAACAAAAUUUCCUGCGAGAUAUGUUGCAAGUGUUCAAGCGGUGGAGAUGUACAUGCCACAACCAUGGGAAUACUGGGCAUGCUCUCAAGCUAUUCAUGGGAUGCCAAGGUGGUGAUAGCAUUGGCAGCAUUUGCAGCCAACUUUGGGGAGUUUUGGCUGGUGGCUCAGCUUUAUGCCACCAACCGUCUUGCUAAGUCUGUUGCAAAGUUGAAGCACAUCCAUGAAACACUGGAACAAGUGGAUGAUUUGGGACCAAAGUUUCAAACAGUCAACAACCUUCUCAAGGCAAUGUUGGAUGUAACCAAUAACAUUGUCCAAUUCCAUGAGCUUCCCUCUCAAUACAUUGACCCUGAGGCACCAGAGAUGUUGACUGCCUCCAAUCUUAUUCCUGGUGCUGUCUAUUGGACCAUUCGGAGUAUUGUGUCCUGUGCAUCGCAUAUUUUAGGCAUAACUGGCUUGGGUCAAGGAUAUAUGACAUCAACAACAGAGACUUGGGAGCUUUCCAGUUUGGCCCAUAAGCUUGAUAACAUAAAUAGUCACCUUCGAAAGCAACUCACCGUUUGUCGUCAGCAUUUAGAUGAUAACAGACAGAGAGAAGCAUUUGCAACACUUCGGCUCCUUUUUGAGACACCCCAUCAAGAUAAUUCGAAGGUUCUCAAAGCUAUGUUUUGCAGCAAGGAUGAUCCGUUGCCACUGUUUGAUGGUUCUUCCAAACAAAGGGUUAGCAUUGAGGUGCUGAGGAGGAAAAUUGUGCUGCUCUAUAUAACAGACGUACAUAAUGUCCCCGAUCAAGAGCUUGUGAUUUUUGAACAAAUGUACCAAGAGUCACGUCAAGAUUCAACCAGAUUAGAGAGUCAAUACGAACUCGUUUGGAUUCCAGUUGUGGACAAAGCAAUCCCGUGGAAUGACGUGAAACCGAAGUUUGAGAAGCUGCAAUCAAUGAUGUCUUGUUACUCUCUUUAUGACCCUUCUCUAUUGGAGCCCGCAACCAUCAGGUACAUUAAAGAGGUAUGGCUUUUCAAAACGAAGCCUAUUCUUGUAGUGUUGGAUCCCCAAGGGAAGGUUGUGAAUCUGAAUGCAAUACCCAUGAUGUGGAUUUGGGGAAGCUUGGCUUAUCCUUUCUCUAGCUCAAGGGAGGAAGCACUGUGGAAUGCAGAAACAUGGGGACUUGUACUAUUGGCAGAUUCAAUUGAUCCAUCGCUUUUGGAAUGGAUAUCGGAAGGCAAAUAUAUAUGCUUGUACGGAGGUGACGAUAUUGAGUGGAUCCGUAAAUUCACAAACACUGCAUAUUCCCUCGCAAGAACUCUGCAACUACCACUAGAGAUGAUUUAUGUGGGGAAAAGCAAUCCAGGAAAGAAAGUUCAAGAAAUCAACAAUGCCGUACAAACAGAAAAAUUGAGCAACGUACUUCCUGACCUUGCCAUAAGUUGGUUCUUCUGGGUUAGGCUAGAGAGCAUGUGGCACUCUAAAUCACAGCAGAGCAAAACAGUAGAGAACGACCACAUAAUGCAUGAAGUAAUGAGAAUCCUAACCUAUGAUAGCGGUGACCCGGGAUGGGCCGUGAUUAGUCAAGGCACGGGAAAGAUGGCACAGGGCAAAGGAGACACAUUUCUAAAGUGCCUGAAUGAACAUGAACAAUGGAAAGACGCAGCAAAAGAUAAAGGACUUUUGCCAGCAAUGGAUGAUUAUAUAAAAGAACUCCAAACCCCUCACCACUGCAAUCGCUUGAUACUCCCCGGAACCAGUGGCGGGAUACCAGACAAAGUGUCAUGUGCUGAAUGUGGCCAAACAAUGGAAAAAUUCUACAUGUAUCGCUGCUGCAAUGAGUAAACUCCUAACAUUGCAAACAUCACCUAAUGUGUAAUGUUCAAUAAGUAUAUUUGGAAGUGUGUUAACAGGAAAUCUAGCGCACUCAUGCCAAUUGAAACUAUUGGAUGAAGAUACAGCUUAUAUGUUAACUGGUAAAUUAGACAUAAAAGAUUGACUUAAAAUAAAUUCAAUAUUUGAACCCCCAAAUCUUCAUCCAACAAUUUCAAUUCACUGACUGCAUGAAUGUGUUGAAUUCCUGUAGGAAUUGCUUAAUCUAGGUUUUCAAUUCAGAUAGCACGGCAUCUAUUGUUUAUGUUUUGAUUGGAAAGGCUUGUAUUUGUAAUGUUAAACUUGUUUAGUCAUUUCUUUACUAGA